UUCUUCUUUUUUACCCUCGUCGUCUGUCGUCUUCUGUCUUGCAGAAGGUGGACGUAGAGAAGGUUAGGACAAGUUUGGAAAAGAGUUGUGUUUAGAACAGAAAUCUUCUCUCCACAAUGUUGAGAUCCGUCGCCUUCCGGCUUCACGGCGCCGUUCGAAGUGGCGUGCUCCAGACCGCCGUCAAAUCUCCGGUGGCCGUCCAGCAGCGUCUGGCCCAUGGCAAGCCCGAGCUGAGCGAGGCGGAAUUCGACCAGAAGUACGUCGACUUCUUCAACCGUCCCAACCUUGAUGGAUGGGAAUGCCGUAAAGCAAUGAACGACUUGGCCAAGAUGGACCUCAUCCCGGAGCCCAAGAUCAUCGUCUCGGCCCUCAAGGCUUGCCGCCGCCUCAACGACUACGCCAUGGCGGUUAGGUUCCUCGAGUCCGUCAAGGACAAGUGCGGCCCCAAAGUGAAUGAAAUCUACCCCUGGAUCAUCCAGGAAAUUAGGCCGACCCUGGAUGAGCUGGGUGUCAACACUCCUGAGGAGCUUGGAUACGACAAACCAGAGCUUGCUAUUGAAGAUGUCGAUUCAAUCCAUUAGAGUACCCAGUUGUAAGUGUAGCCAAUUUGUGUGCACUCGACAGUCUCGACUGUACACUUUUCAAAAUUCUUUACUUUCAUUGUUCCUGAUUGUCAUGGUCUCUAUCCUCUAUGUACAUAAUAUUAAAUAAAUCUAUUAUGGAAGUGA